AGUGUGAAACAUGGUAACCAACUGCACGUGUUAAAUACUGUUAUCGUGUAUUAAAAUGAUUUAACAAUGCGUUGGCAAACUUGUUUGAUAACUGUCAUUGAUCUGUGAGGAAAGAAACCUUGAAGGAGCAAGGAGAGUUUACAAGUUAAAUCAAAUUUUUUUUAGAGGAAAUAUAGGUAUUGGAUUCGACAGGGUGAAUCUUCAGUCUUCUGGAUUCCUUACGAGGUGCCACCGCACCAGCUGAUCAAGAGUUGCAUUACAAGCCCCGUUUUAUCCGCCGUUUUCAAUGCAAGAAUGGUGCGUCACAUACUAACUGCAAUCUUAUUUAUCAUUUCUAUGUCCAUGGUUACCGUUAUGCCAUGUAUAAUAACCGAGGUGACAGUGACAGGUCCGCUCAAGCUGAAGGCCUCUUGUAGUGGCGCGAAUUUGACAGCGAUACCUCGCCUCGAAGGAAGCGAAAAUAUCAUUACUCUGAUUGCGUCCGGAAACUCUAUUGCUUCACUGGGGGAGCGAAGUUUCCUUGGGUAUGAAAAUGUCGAACUCAUCGAUUUGCAGCGGAACAUGAUUGAAAGAAUAGACGGCAAUACGUUUCGUCUCCUCCAAAGUCUGAAACACGUUUAUUUGUCGGGAAACAAACUCAAAUACAUGAGCAAAGACUUGUUUAGUAAUUGUUCUAGUAUGAGGAAACUUGAUGUUAGCCAUAACAACUUUUCUGGCGUUAAGCGUGAUUAUCCUUUUCUAGCAUCUUCAACGCUUACAUGGCUGGAUUUAAGUCAAAGCAAGUUGGAGAACCUGCCUGCGAAAUUUUUCUCAGAUAUGCAGCAACUCGAAUAUAUUUACCUCAAUAAAAACAACCUCACGAGUUUAAAUAAACUGGCUUUUGAACCGCUGCGCAACCUGAAGUUAGUCUUCUUAGACGAAAACCCGUGGAAGUGUACUUGCGAGCUGAGAGACACUGUAUUGCUAUUUAAAGAACUAGCUAUUGAUAUUCGUCCCUCAGAGAUUGUAUGUUCCAUGGGAAUUGAGAAGAUGAACAUCACUUUCAUUGUUCAAAAUAACAGUUGCCUGUCUCAAGACACAGUAGUGCGCACAAUCGAUGCUCCUGUUCGUACAGAAAAAUCUUCAACUGACAGAUACUCUAAAAAAAUUGUAGCUGGUGACCUAAUAGGAACAUCAUCGCCAAAAAACGACGAUAAAACUGUUACUCUAGAAAAUGGCACGUCCGAGGAAAACAUAAAAACAGCGCACGAAUUACUUUUACAAAAAUUCAAUGAAACAAAAGAAAUGGCAAUAAAAAACAGGAAAGAAAUUGAUCAUCUGAAAGCUCUUGUCACAAAACAAAAUAACUAUGUAAUUCUCAUUAGCUUUCUGCUUGUGUUGGUAGUUAUAAUUAUCACAAUCUAUUUUUAUCAAUUAAUGAAAGAUAAACGGUCUGAGAAGUCAAAACUUAAAUCAAAAGGUAGAUCUGAAAAAUAUGAGCAUUCUCAAGAGUCAUCUUCUGAGAACAUAAACACUUCAAAUGAAAAUACAAAAAAGGGAGCUAAAGAAGAUACACCAUUAACCUGAUGGCUUUCGCUGUAAACUGCUAACAAUAGGUCGUCAUACCCAAAGAGUUACAAGCCUUGAAAUUCCUUUUGUAGGCGAAAAAAUCCUGACUCUUCACCUCCAUUUCAUCAUCAGAAGGCCCGCGUUAAAGUAUUCGGACACUUUAAGCAAUUAGCAAGUGGUGAGAAGACCUGUUUCUACCACCGCAGAAUGUACCCUUUAAAAUGGUCUAGGGCUACUUGGACUACGUCUAAAAAGUUACGUUCUAAAAGUGCAUAAAAGGAUUAGAAAAAGUGUUGACACGCUCAUUGAAAUUUAUUGGGUCUUUUAAGUGUAAAUUAGCAGCAAACACAUUUUAUUCCUUUAAUAAUAAAAUUUUCAUUAUAUAUAGAGCUCCGAUUAUCUCUAGGCCACAAGUAAAAAUUUAAACUUUGUUU